CUGACCCCAGAGGAGGAGGAGAAGCGCCGGGUGAGGAGGGAGAGGAACAAGUUGGCGGCCGCCAAGUGUCGGAACCGGCGCCGGGAGCUGACGGACCGGCUGCAGGCGGAGACGGACCAGCUGGAGGAGGAGAAGGCGGAGCUGGAGGCGGAGAUCUCGGAGCUCCAGAAGGAGAAGGAGCGCUUGGAGUUCGUCCUGGUGGCCCACGCCCCAGCCUGCAAAGCCCCCUUCGAGGACCCCCUCGGUGUCCCCUCGGCCACCAUCCCCGAGGUGAGACCUUUGAAGGCACAGGAGGAGGAGGAGGAGGAGGAGGAGGAGGAACCACCUGGGACCUUCACCUUCCCGGGGCUUUUCCAAACCACCGCUCAAGUGGGACCUUUCCCUGCUUGUUGCCACGUCCCCGGGGGGUUCCCCGGGGGGUCCCCCCACCCCCAAUGUCCGUCUCCGUUUGUGUUCACCCACCCAGAGGGAGGACCCACCUGUGGAACUUCGCACCAGAGGAGCAGCAGCAGCGACCAGUCCUCGGACUCCUUGAACUCCCCCUCG